AUGGGAGUUCAAGAAAACGACACUCUCUCACAAUUGAGUUUACCACCUGGCUUUCGAUUUUACCCAACCGAUGAAGAACUUCUUGUUCAAUAUCUAUGUCGCAAAGUAGCCGGUCAUCAUUUUUCUCUUCCAAUUAUUGCUGAAAUUGAUCUCUAUAAAUUCGACCCUUGGAUCCUUCCAAGUAAAGCGAUUUUUGGUGAGAAAGAAUGGUAUUUCUUUAGCCCAAGAGAUAGAAAGUACCCAAACGGGACUCGACCCAAUAGAGUAGCUGGGUCUGGAUAUUGGAAAGCUACUGGAACUGAUAAAAUUAUCACAAACGAAGGUAGAAAAGUUGGAAUCAAAAAAGCACUUGUUUUCUAUAUUGGAAAAGCUCCUAAAGGCACCAAAACUAAUUGGAUUAUGCAUGAGUAUCGUUUACUUGAUUCUUCUCGAAACAACGGUGGCACCAAGUUAGAUGAUUGGGUUCUGUGUCGAAUAUACAAGAAAAACUCAAGCGCACAAAAAGCGAAUCCAAACGGCGUCGUUUCGAGCAGGGAAUACACACAAUACAGCAACGGUUCAUCUUCGUCUUCUUCUUCCCACAUCGAUGAAGUUCUGGAAACUCUUCCGGAAAUCGACGACCGUUGUUUCAUGCUGCCACGUGUUAAUUCGCUCAGAACGAUGCAGCAUCGUCAACAAGAAGAAGAGAAGGUGAAUCUUCAAAAUAGUUUCAUGGAUUGGUCUAAUCCUUCGUCAAUUUUGAAUACUGUGACGGAGUUUCAAGAAGCGCAAACUCAAGGGAUGGUGAAUUUUGGUGGUUGCAAUGACGUUUAUGUCCCUUCUGUUUCUGCGUUAUCGGUGCCGGAGAAGAAACCGACGGAGGAGGAGGUUCAGAGUGGGGCGAGAGCGAACCGGGUUGGGGAUUCUGGUUUAUUUCAACGCGGUGGUUCGAGUGAUUUUACUCAAGGAAUGGGGUAUUCUAAUUCGGUUGACCCGUUUGGUUUUAGAUACCCGGUUCAACCGGUUGGAUAUGGGUUCGGGCUAUGA